GAGGACUAAGGAUAUUUUUAAAUAUAUCUCUGAUUGUGUUCGUCUGAAAGAAGAUAGUCAUUUACACCUAGGAUGGCUUGAGGGUGAGUAAAUCAUGGGAUAAUUUUCAUUUUAGGAUGAACUAUCCCCUUAAGAACUAUUAAUUGCUCAUGUAUUAAAACAUUUGUGGAAACCAAAGCCAGGUAAUAUGAAAUUACACAAUCUUCACUGCACAGAUGCAUUCAACACAAUGAAAAAAAGGGUUUAGGGUCAUGAAAAAAAACAUCACACAGCAGGAGUGACGUAACAGUGAAAGCCCCUGUGCGGUUGGACUGUGUGAGAGUUGUAUAUGUUUGACUGUAUAUUUCAAUCAAUUUCAAGGGAUUAGCAGUUUGGACAACGUUGCAUAUUAACUGAUGUUAUAGCGGAGAUUGCAUUUUCAACAAAAUAACAAUAAAACAAUACAAAAAAAACAAAAAACUGUUUGAUCGCAAUAAAGCAUGAACUGGUCUAAGCAAGCAGAUACAUAAACACAAAACCACAUAGGUUUAUAGGCUAAUGGAAACAUUUGUGCUUGGCAAGUGAUGAACCAGAAGGUAAGAUAAUGCCUUCAUGUGCGUUCAGAGUGGUCUGAAUGAAAAGGUUGUGGAUUUCCUGUUUUGCCAUGUUCAGAUUUACUUCAGAAGACCCACAACUAUUAAUCAAAUGAAUUUGAAUCUUGUCCAUUCUCAAUCUCUCGGUUUGUUUGUGUCCUUACCUGUUUUAGCUCAUCAUAUAGAUUAGAUUCACAAUGUCAGUUUACAUUUUCCUCAAAGUUCUUCUGGAAUAAAUAUGAGCAGUUGCUUAAAAUAAACAAAUGAAAGGAAUCUGGUGACCGGUUUACACAGCUCUUAUUUAUUUAUUUGAGAUAUCUCAAGGCAUUAAAACUUUCCACUGAUGUGAACCAAUCAGAUGAGAGCUGAUGUCUGAUGUCUGAUGUCUGAUGUCAAGACCCUCACCAGUGUCACAAUCACUCACUGAGAUGGAGAGGUCAAGUAAUGCUGUCACUGUGCUUUUAUGUGUUUUUCUGUUCAGUCAGAGCAGAAUCUAUGGAGCAGAAGUGGAGAUAAAUGUCAGAACAGGAGACAACAUCACUCUCUACUGUGAUCACUCUUUAACUCAUGGUUCCCUCAUUGUAUGGAUAAGAAACUCUCAUGAAAAUCAACCCUCUCUCAUAAUAGAUUUUACAAAAUGGAGCAUGGGGAUAUUUCAGCGUUACAAUUUUAUCCACAACCCCUACAGUAAUUCUUAUGAUCUACAUAUAACUAACAUCAGUGUCUCUGAUCUGGGACUGUAUUACUGUGGAGAAGUAGAGAAUAAGGUAAAUAUAGAUGAAAAUGGCAUCAUCUUCUCUUCUAAAGUGUACUAUUAUGGAAACCGAAAAACUCGUCUCUCUCUUGCAGAGGAAGUAACUUCAUGUUCUGGACUGAACAUCACCUCUGUAUCAGACUGUGUUCUCUGCUGGACGCUGCUGUUCAGUGUGUGUCCGGUGUGUGUUCUCCUCUCCUCACUCCUGUCCUCCAUUUCUGUGUACUGCCUCUGUCAGAGAAAAACUACAGAUUCUGAGCAGAGUGCAGAGAUACUCACCGCGAAUUCUAUUAAGGGGGAUCCUACAGAGAAACAUCAGUGUGAGACGAGUAAAACUGGAAAGAUCUGCCUCCACACUGAAGUCUCUUAUAGACUGCUGACAUCUGAACAUCCCUAUGCCAAGAUGUGAUUCUACUGCUCAGUUUAAACAACUUUCUGAAAACUUGCUGCUUUCUAUUGCUCUCUUUUUACCGCUUACUCCACAUUUAGUACACAUGCACAAACAAGCAACAAACCUGCAGUGCAUUUUUAUAUAAUGUACAUUUACAUAUACAAUUAUGCAUUUGUUAUAAAAUACUAACAAAAUAAAAAAAAGU